AUGGUGGGAAGGCAGGAGAGCGGCCACUGGGGACCGGGAGCCCUCAGUAUCGGGAAAAACACAGGGCCCCCGGCCGCCUACAGAGCAAGGCCUCAUUCACACUCCCCGAGGGCGUCUACACAGCCCGACGCGUCCAACAAGCCGGACCACUUCGGCACCGCACCUGCUCCGUCUACACAGCCUGAACCCAGGCGUGGGGAGAGGGCGGCCACCUCAAAUCGGGAGGCCCCAGACUCACCGCUCUCAGCCCGAGGCUGCACAGCGCGACCCGGCGGCUCCCUCCACAACCCACCGGGACUCCAGCGGCCUUGGGGAUGGGGCGGGCCUGGGGGCGGCACCAGGUGGGAGCACCGCCUUCCCCCGACCCGGGCAACUCCUGGGCUGGCCGCCCUCCUCCUACAUCACCGGCCCCCAAAGUACCCCUCCCCCCAUCACCGCCCCCCACGCGGCACCCCUUCCCCUGCUCACCUGAGACCCACCCGUGCCUCUCCCGACUCCCCGAGGCUCCGAAAGGACAACUGGGUGUGGGCCGUCCUGCGCACCUGGUCAGGAGCCCAGGUGGAUCCCAUGAAGGAGCUGGGCCGGCGGAGGGAGGGAGUGGGGGGCGCAGGGUUCUGGCCCCUGGGAUUUUCUGGGAGCUGGGGAAGCCAGUGCUGCGGAGAAACAAACAUGGUUUCUUCCUCGGAGGCGUGGCUGAGACGUGAGUCUGGCGCUGGUAUCAUUUGGAAUGGAUCAUGGUUUGGAGACCGGCGGGACGGGAGGGACGCGGAGCCGGCGUGCGGUCGAAGGGUCUGGGCCUCGCCUCUCGUCGUGGACGUGGAGGAGUAG